AUGAGAAGGAGAACCAAUUAUAGUCCAAUACCUUCGCCUCUUCACCAACCAGUCCCACUUUCAAUUCCGUGGGUUCCUGCCAUCAAUGAUAGAGAUCACAUGUAUCUAAACCUUGCACCUAUCAUUAUAAUUGUCAUAGCUGGCACAACUUGCAUAAUUUUUUUUCUCAUCACCUUGUUCAAAAUCCUAAGGUACUAUUAUCCAAAUAGAUACAACGUUAGCAGAAGUAACCCACCAAUAUUAUUUGACAUUCGUGGAGAUUCUCCCUUUUCUGAUGAUGAGGAACAUGAUCAAGCCAUUAGGCACCCCAUAUGGUUCAUCCCCACAGAGGGUCUCCAACAAUCAAUCAUAGACUCCAUCACAGUCUACAAAUACAGAAAAGAUGAAGGGUUGGUUAAAGAAACUGAGUGUCUUGUUUGCCUUGGUGAGUUUCAACAAGAAGAGAGUCUCAGAGUAUUGCCAAAGUGUAACCACGCUUUUCACAUCCCUUGCAUUGAUACUUGGUUGAGAUCUCAUAAAAGUUGUCCCUUGUGCCGUGCACCUAUUGUUCUUGAUGUUGCUAGUGUUGGUGGUGGCACCGAGUCUGACUCAAAUGUUUCUGAUAUGAACGAAUACGUAGAAGAAAGUAAUAGUGGUGGAGUGAGGGUUGGAGAUGAAGAAAAUUCUAGUGAAGAGGGGAGGGAUGAUGGAAUUCAUGUUUUGAAUGAAUGUGUCGAGGUGAGUGGCCAUUCUACAAUUCUAAUUGGUUCUGCUUCUGAUGUUAGUGCACAAGAAUUUGAUGAUGAAAUUGAACUCAAAAUGAAGAGAUCUGUCUCGGUGGAUUCAUCUUCUGCUUCAAUAGUAUUUAGUGAUGUGUUGGAAUUAAAUUUUGAUAUAGAAAGCUUAGACACCAACACCAACUUGGUGGUUGAAAAGGUUUCAAUUUCAAGUAACAAGGAUGUUGCUAUUGCUAAGGAGGGUAGCGAAAGUUCAACCAAUAACAAACUGGCUUCAGUUGGGCAUGCAAUGCAAGAGAGGCAUUGCUCAUUGAGGUUCUCUUCACAUAACACAAAAUUCUUAUUUUCCAAGCGUAGCAGGAGCCAGAGUUUAACUCUUCCAUUGUGA